GCGGAGGAGCCGUCGCCGCCAUUUCAAGACCGUGAGAGGUAGAUGGGCAACCAGAAUUCCUAAGGUUCGAACCCUAUAAGUGCUGUCGCCGCUCAAGCCUGCCAGAAUACUGGUACGGCUGCUGCCCUCUCACUGCUACCUCUAGAAACGUUCUUUCAAGUAGCGGCGGCACAGCGGGACUCAAUCACUCUCUUCUCGCUCUCCCUUAAGAAGAUCCAGAUGGCGUCUUCCGUGGGCAACGUGGCCGACAGCACAGAACCAACGAAACGUAUGCUUUCCUUCCAAGGGUUAGCUGAGUUGGCACAUCGAGAGUAUCAGGCAGGAGAUUUUGAGGCAGCUGAAAGACACUGCAUGCAGCUCUGGAGACAAGAGCCAGACAAUACUGGUGUGCUUUUAUUACUUUCGUCUAUACACUUCCAGUGUCGAAGGCUGGACAGAUCUGCUCACUUUAGCACUCUGGCAAUUAAACAGAACCCCCUUCUGGCAGAAGCCUAUUCAAAUUUGGGGAAUGUGUACAAGGAAAGAGGACAGUUGCAAGAAGCAAUUGAGCAUUACCGGCAUGCAUUGCGUCUCAAGCCAGAUUUCAUCGAUGGUUAUAUCAACCUGGCAGCCGCAUUGGUCGCAGCAGGUGACAUGGAAGGGGCAGUACAAGCUUACGUCUCUGCUCUUCAGUACAAUCCUGAUUUGUACUGUGUUCGCAGUGACCUGGGGAACCUGCUCAAAGCCCUGGGUCGCUUGGAAGAAGCCAAGGCAUGUUAUUUGAAAGCAAUUGAGACGCAACCGAACUUUGCAGUAGCUUGGAGUAAUCUUGGCUGUGUUUUCAAUGCACAAGGAGAAAUUUGGCUUGCAAUUCAUCAUUUUGAAAAGGCUGUCACUCUCGAUCCCAAUUUUCUGGAUGCUUAUAUCAAUUUAGGAAAUGUCUUGAAAGAGGCACGGAUUUUUGACAGAGCUGUGGCAGCUUACCUUCGUGCUCUAAGCUUGAGUCCAAAUCAUGCAGUGGUGCACGGCAACCUGGCUUGUGUAUACUAUGAGCAAGGCCUAAUAGAUCUGGCAAUAGACACCUACAGGCGAGCUAUUGAACUGCAACCACAUUUCCCCGAUGCUUACUGCAACCUAGCCAAUGCUCUCAAAGAGAAGGGCAGUGUUGCUGAAGCAGAAGAUUGUUAUAAUACAGCUCUCCGGCUGUGCCCCACCCAUGCCGACUCGCUGAAUAACCUAGCCAAUAUCAAACGAGAACAGGGAAACAUUGAAGAGGCAGUUCGCUUGUAUCGGAAAGCAUUAGAAGUCUUCCCAGAGUUUGCUGCUGCCCAUUCAAAUUUAGCAAGUGUACUGCAGCAGCAGGGAAAACUGCAGGAAGCUCUGAUGCAUUAUAAGGAGGCUAUUCGAAUCAGUCCCACCUUUGCUGAUGCCUACUCUAAUAUGGGGAACACGCUAAAGGAGAUGCAGGACGUCCAGGGAGCCUUGCAGUGUUACACUCGGGCCAUUCAGAUUAACCCUGCAUUUGCAGAUGCCCAUAGCAAUCUGGCUUCUAUUCACAAGGAUUCGGGAAAUAUUCCAGAAGCAAUAGCUUCUUACCGCACUGCUCUGAAAUUGAAACCUGAUUUUCCGGAUGCUUAUUGCAACUUGGCUCAUUGCCUGCAGAUUGUCUGUGAUUGGACAGACUAUGAUGAGCGAAUGAAGAAGUUGGUCAGCAUUGUGGCUGACCAGUUAGAGAAGAACAGGCUGCCCUCUGUGCAUCCUCAUCAUAGUAUGCUAUAUCCUCUUUCUCACGGCUUCAGGAAGGCCAUUGCUGAGAGGCACGGGAACCUCUGCUUGGAUAAGAUUAAUGUCCUUCAUAAACCACCAUAUGAACAUCCAAAGGACUUGAAGCUCAGCGAUGGUCGACUGCGUGUGGGCUAUGUGAGUUCUGACUUUGGGAAUCAUCCUACUUCUCACCUCAUGCAGUCUAUUCCAGGCAUGCACAAUCCUGAUAAAUUUGAGGUGUUCUGUUAUGCUCUGAGCCCAGAUGAUGGCACAAACUUCCGGGUGAAGGUGAUGGCAGAAGCCAAUCAUUUCAUUGAUCUCUCUCAGAUUCCAUGCAAUGGAAAAGCAGCCGAUCGCAUCCAUCAGGAUGGUAUACACAUUCUUGUAAAUAUGAAUGGUUAUACCAAGGGUGCUCGAAAUGAACUCUUUGCUCUCAGGCCAGCUCCUAUUCAGGCAAUGUGGCUGGGAUACCCCGGAACAAGUGGGGCGCUUUUCAUGGAUUAUAUCAUCACGGAUCAGGAAACCUCACCAGCUGAAGUGGCUGAGCAGUAUUCUGAGAAAUUAGCUUAUAUGCCCCAUACUUUCUUUAUUGGCGAUCAUGCUAAUAUGUUUCCUCAUCUGAAGAAAAAGGCAGUCAUCGAUUUCAAGUCCAACGGGCACAUUUAUGACAAUCGGAUUGUUCUGAAUGGCAUCGACCUCAAAGCAUUUCUUGAUAGUUUACCAGAUGUGAAAAUUGUCAAGAUGAAAUGUCCUGAAGGAGGAGACAAUGCAGACAGCAGUAACACAGCUCUUAAUAUGCCAGUUAUUCCUAUGAAUACUAUUGCAGAAGCAGUUAUUGAAAUGAUUAACAGAGGACAAAUUCAGAUAACAAUUAAUGGAUUCAGUAUUAGCAACGGACUGGCAACUACACAGAUCAACAAUAAGGCUGCCACUGGAGAGGAGGUUCCCCGCACCAUUAUUGUAACCACACGUUCUCAGUACGGGUUACCAGAAGAUGCCAUCGUGUAUUGUAACUUUAAUCAGUUGUAUAAAAUUGACCCUUCUACUUUGCAGAUGUGGGCAAAUAUUCUGAAGCGUGUUCCCAAUAGUGUGCUGUGGCUGUUGCGUUUUCCAGCAGUAGGAGAACCUAAUAUCCAACAGUAUGCACAAAACAUGGGCCUUCCCCAGAACCGUAUCAUUUUUUCACCUGUUGCUCCUAAAGAGGAACAUGUCAGGAGAGGCCAGCUGGCAGAUGUCUGCCUGGACACCCCACUCUGUAACGGGCAUACCACAGGCAUGGAUGUCCUGUGGGCUGGGACACCUAUGGUGACUAUGCCAGGAGAAACUCUGGCUUCUCGAGUAGCAGCUUCCCAGCUCACUUGUUUAGGUUGUCUGGAGCUUAUUGCUAAAAAUAGACAAGAAUAUGAAGAUAUAGCUGUGAAACUGGGAACCGACCUAGAAUACCUGAAGAAAAUUCGUGGCAAAGUCUGGAAACAGAGAAUAUCUAGCCCUCUGUUUAACACCAAACAAUACACAAUGGAACUAGAGCGGCUCUAUCUACAGAUGUGGGAGCAUUAUGCAGCUGGCAACAAACCUGAUCACAUGAUUAAGCCUGUCGAAGUCACUGAGUCGGCCUAACUAAAGACUGUGCACAGGAGAAUUAGCCCUCUACCUGAGCCUCAACCUUCGGGGGAAAGGGAACUAGAAAAUGGACUUUUUACUUAUCUGUAUAGCAUCAUGUUAAAGAUGAAUGACAAAUGAUGAGCAUAGAAUAGCACAGCCGGAGUUGCUUCGUGCUUGAUAGGGAGAGACCCACGAGCUGGAAACUGCUGUUCUACAAGGAAUCUCCAUAGAAUUUUGCAGCAACCAGGCGGUGCAUAGGUCUGGAAGGUCUGCUCUCCCUUGGUCUUCUGCGGGAUGGUUAGUGUGGAGGGGAGACCUAGACUGUCCAGCCGUUCUUGUGAUUCCGUGGCUUGAUUGAGUCUUCUCAAUUAAUUUUUUCUUUAUAUUUUGGGUAUUGGAGUUUUUAAAAAUGUUUGGUUUCAGGUGUUUUUAUUCAUGUGAAGUACAUAUGAUUCUCUUGAGAUAAGGUUUUAGGGUAAAAUGUUGCUCCUCGUUUUAGUUUCAGAACUCAAUCGAUUAAUGGGAACUUUGCUGGUGUAGUCUUUUUAUAGGUUUUAUAAACCACUUGAGCCUAUAUCAGUCGUUUGAGUGUCUGACCUGAUGUUUGGAGCUACCAGUGCUUUGUUGGUUUAGAUGGUGACUCUUUUUUUUUUCUGGUCCAUUUCCUUCCCCUCCCCAUAGUACUUUAAAAUUUCUCCUGUAACUCAGCUAACAAAACCAAGUCUGAUGCAGAAUAUCCCAGAGUGUUUCUCUGAAACACAUUAUCUGGUGCCAAAUGAAAAUUCAUAGGAAUGAUUACUAAUUAUGAAGGGCACAGUUGUGGUACUGUCAUUGAUGAUAAUAAUAAUAAUGUGUGUUUUUUUGGCCUAGUUUUCACCUAUUUCAGCAGUGUUUUAUCUUCUUCGACUGCCCCUCUAUGCUAUUGCCAGAGUGAUAGUGUGUAAUAAGAUAUAUUUACCUUUCUUUCUAAGGUUUGCUUUUUUUUUAAAGUGAGUCCUGUUCUUCCUAGUUCUGUCAGCAGAAAUGAAAUCCCAGGUAAGUAUAAGUAUUCAAAUAUUUGAUCAGUAAGUUAAAGUUAUUUGUGACUAUGUUAAAUAACUUUCAUCAAAAACAUAUUCUAGGUAAAAAGCACUGAAGGACCAGCUAUGUGUACGAAUCAUUGUUUUUCAGACCUUCUAGGAAUUUUGUAGUAACUGUCUUGUGGACUUUGGUCUUGAAGUCGUGUAUACUCGGGCUCAGCAGUAGCGAACUGUACUGCUGCUUGGUUUGGAGUACAAAUUAGACUAGGCCACCUGGAGCUUGAUUUUUAAACCAUAGGAAUGAAAUUAUUGAAUUUCAACAGAGGAUUGAGGACUCGAGGCUUAAACAAACCAACAUAUGAAUAUGUUUUGUCUUGCUGUACUGCACUUAUGCUAUCCAGUAACAGAUAAUUUUUUGUCUGCUAGUAGUGUUCUAGAUUAUAGUGUCUUUCCAAAGCACUGAGGCAGUGUACCUAUUCCGUAGUUGCAGCUGAUGCCUGAAUGUAUCCUAGCUGACAAAUUAUUAAUAAGAACUUGAAUUUCUGAAAGUCUUACUGUUAACCAAAAUCUGAGCAAGGAGUCUCAAGUAUAAUUCUUAGCCAGAAUUAUGUGUUAAUGAACUGUGUAUCUUUUAACGGCGUGAAUCAAGGAACAUCACUUUAGGGAGUUUCUUAAUUUAUUUUUUACCUGAUUGAAAUACUAGUUAAAAAGGUUGCCAGCAUGAUUGCAGAUAAAGUGAUAUUUGCAAUUCACCAAACUACUUAACGUGGAAUAGGAUGAUAUACUUCUAGUGCCCUCAAGGCUGCGGCCUUCCAGCCCUUUCACAUAGCACAUCAUUCCUCCUAUAGGGAUGACUUUUUUCCUGGCACGAAAAGUAGCCGCUCUGGUUAAAGCUUUGCUUAUUGUAACAGGCUUUGGUUUCCAGGUAACAUGUCUAUGGGAGACUAAUUAUGAAUAGAGAUACAGAUAUUACUGGAAACGAAUUGUUUUUUUCUAUUAUGCUAUGCUUUAUGAAAAAAGUAAAACAUUUAAAUCGUGCUACAGAAAUCAGGUGUUGUCUUGUGAUCUUUAAAUAAUAAAUGAAUGAUUUGCCCUUAACAUGG